AUGAGGGUGAGACGUUUACAGAGUUAUUUAACAGAACACAAGUUGUUAAAAAAGAGUGCAUUAGAUGAAAUAAAAAAUUUAACAUUAGGAAUAGAUGCCUUAUAUUUUUUAAGAACAUCAAAUGAAUUGAAAGACAUUUUAAGUGAUGUAUCUGGAUGUAUAUCACCAUGCAUAUACCACUUAAUUGAUAAGGAAUGUGAAAAAUUUAAGAAUUUAAAUAUAGAUGUGAUAUUUGUAUUUGAUGGAAUAACUCCUAGAGCUCAUACAUUAUUUUCAGCACCGGUUCAUCAUAUUAUGGAAGAAGGGUGGGCACAUUAUGUAAAUAAUGAAGAGAAAUUAUCUUAUUCAAAUUUUUCUAGAAUACCGAAUAUAUGUAAUUCAGAUGUAACAUUUUUAUUAUUUCACUAUUUAAAAAAUAAGGGAUUUAAAUGUAUGUAUGCUCCAUAUUUAGCAAUAUCACAGUUGUCAUAUUUUUUCCACAUUAAUAUGAUAGAUUUAGUGUAUGGGCCUCCAACUAUAAUUUUACAGAAUGUAUCUAAAGUGAUCGUAAAUUUUCAAUGGGAUGAAAAUUAUUUUGAAUGGGUAGAUUUAUUAUUUUUACUGAAUAUGUGGAAUAUAACUAAUGAACAGUUUAUGGAUGCAUGUUUAUUGGCAGGUACGGAAUAUUGUUUAACUUUUCCGUAUUUAACACUAUCUCAUUUCAAUUAUGGAAGAAAUGAAUUUAAUUUUGAGACAUCCAUUGAGUUUAUAAAACAGUCAUCUUUGAUAAGUUACUUAGAACACAUUCCAAAUGAUGAAACUGGUUUUAAUCACAUUGAAGCAUAUUUUGUGUGCAAAACACUUUUGAAAUUUCCAAUUGUAUUGUUAUGCAGUGGAGAAGUUAAUUUUUUCUCAUACGAAUUGAAUUCUCCUGAAAAUGGGUUCAAAAGUGAUUCCAUUAUGGGGAAUCCUUUAGAUAGAUGUAGAAUAGCUAGUAGUGAUCAUAAGGAACCUGUUAAUAAUAACAUUGCAGAUUUUAGUGGCCAUAGAGGUAGUAUUCGAAUUGAUGGGAACAAAGAAGAUGAAGAGAAGGAUCAGAGGCAUGUCGAAUGGUCAAACAUGAAUAAGGGUGAAAAUAUUCAGAAAAAUGAUCCAAAUUGUUUGAAUAAUGAUUCAGAACAUUUGCAUAACGAUCCAAGUGGGAAUUAUAUCCAAUAUAAAUCGAAAAAUAAAGUGGAAAAGGAAAAUCAUGGGAUGGUUCCAAGUGGUGGAACAUCAAACGGGGGAAAAUCAAACGGUGGAACAUCAAACGAUGCGUGCCAAGGGAGAGAUACAAAUGCAUCUAAAAAUUGUGGAAAGGAAUAUGCUAAGCAAAAGGGUAGAGACAAAAGUGAACCAAGUUCACGAAUGCAAGAAAGAGACGCCUCCUCCCCCUCCUAUGAUGAUGACACACGUAAUGAAGAUGUGUGUACAGAUAAAAAGAUAAGGGAAGAAGUUAUGAAUACUAGUGAACGUGUGAAGAGGACAAAGAGCAAAGAGAGAGAAGAUGUGCUAAUUACAGAAUCACAUGAUUCUCUGGAUUCGAAAAUUAACAAGAAUAGUAACACAGCUAAGAAUCAUAUCAGAAGUUUCAACUCAAGCCAUAAUGAUGACAUACAGAAUAAUGGAGAUGUUAUCACUAAAAGAUUUGAACGGACAAAUAUUGAUUUUCUUCAUAAUGAGGAAGAUGUAAUUUCAGAAAAUAAUCGAAAAAGGAAAGAAAAGGCAGAGGAUGCAAAUGAAGAUGAAAAGGCGGAGGAUGCAAAUGAGGAUGAAAAGGGCGAGGAUGCAAAUGUAGAAUUCGAAAAAGAAAAUAUUUGUAACUUUGAACAUGCAGGUCCACACAACUACCUAAAAGUGGUUGGAGCUAAAUUCCCAACAAGCAUCUAUUACCUUAUGUCCAUUGGGCUUUUAAGUAAAAAAAUUGUAUGCGUUUUGGCAUUAGGAGAAUGGAUAGACUAUACUCAUCCAAUAAUCGAUUCAUUUGAAUAUCGAGAUUCAUUAAUAGAUUUAAGAGAAUAUAGAUGUAGAAUAUUAGGCCUGAUUUCAGUAAAAUUGAACCCAUUUUUUUAUAAAAGAAAAAUAAAAUUUUUUGAUUAUGGAUAUUAUGUUAAUAAUAUUCGGGAAGAAAAGGACAAUUUUGCCUAUCUAGAUGUGAACCUAGUUGAUUCAUUUUUGUGGGAUAUCAACAAAGAAAACGUGAGUGAAGAAAUAAAAAGGCAGAACAUUAGUAAGGUCGAUUUGCAGUUCAUAUUGAGAUGGCAUUUGUAUUCAGAGAGUAGGAGCUUAUCUCUCGUGUGUAAGAGAAAACAGGGAAGAAAUGUCAAGGUGGGCAGUAGCGACAUUGUCAAAGUGGGCAGUAGCGACAUUGUCAAAAGGAGUGAUAGUGAGAGUUUCAAAGAAAGUGAUAAUGGAAGAGAGAAAUCACCAGAGCAUGUGAUGAUGAGUCUAUCUACAGAAGGAACAGAAAGUUCAGAAGAGGAAAUUAUAGCAGACAUUGAGAAUGAGGACAAGGUGUCGGAUGAUGAAAAGGAACCAGAUGCAAAAAAUUUUGUUAGUGCUAAACAAGUCGUGAAUGGUGAAUCAAAUUCAGAUAAAAUGAUCAAGCAUUAUAACGAUUAUUAUAAAAAUAUGUUGAAGGUGAAUAAUCAAAAUUUUGAAAGUUUUCUUUGUCUCGUUUAUUAUAUGUUUUUGGAGAAUUUAGGAAUUUUCACGAAAAAUUGUGGAGUUACAAUUUUUGGACUCUUACUCUCAGAAGUAAAAAAUAAAAAUAUAGAUAACAAUAUUUUAAUAAUUUUUGAAUUAUUGAAAUUUGGAUUUUUAACGAAUGAACCAUUGUUACCUGCGAAUGGGAAAUCGUACCCAAAGAAUGCCUAUGCUUCAGUUAUGAAUUGUAAACAUUUAGAAGAACAAGAUAAGAAAAGUGUUAUUCUAUUGUCUCGAUUAUAUUCUUUAUAUAAUAUAAAUGUAGAUAAAUAUAAAACAUAUGAUGGAUUAAUAGACUUUGAUUUAUGUGCCUUUUUUGCUGUGGUAAAAGUUAUAAAAAAAACGUUAAGGCAAUUACUUCAAGCAUGUGUUGCUAAUGUUCUUAUAACGAAUAUGGAUUUAAUACAUCUUCUUCCAGAAAAUCUGUACAACCCCAAUGACCCAAAUAUUUCAGGUUUUUUUGUAACGCACCAUCUUAUGGGAGUUUUAACAAAAUAUUUUUUGUUAUUCAAUUUUGACGAUUUAAAAAGUGCAGAAAAAAAAAAAACUUUCCAUCAUCAAGGUCCCCAUGGUACUACAAGUGAAAGUGAAACAACAACAUCGGAUAAGAUACAAAAGUGGGAAGAUACAAAUAGAACGCAUAAUAACGAAAGGACAAAUGGUAAUAACCAUAUAAUUGAACACAUGGAAAAGGAUAAUAAAUCGAAAAGAGAUAUAUUUCAUCCAAAAGAAAAAAAUGAAAAGAUUUUGGAAAAUUCUUCAAGUUUAUCUGAAAAUGCAAGCGUACGUAAAAAUGAGCAAGUUGAAAAAAUGGACGUACUAGAAUUAAAAAAAAGUUUCACAAAAAUUGAUCGAGAUAUGACAAGUGAACAAGAAGAAGAAGAAGAAUGGAAUCUUAAAAAAUGGAAGGAAAAUAAUAUAUGUAAUAAACAAUCACACGAGGAUAGCCAUUGUGAGGUUGAUAACACUGUGGGGGAUGCUCAUCCUGAUGAUAUGAAUGUUCAGAUAGAUAGGGACAACGGAAGGGAGGAAAGGAGUCAAAACGAGGACGGAAAAAGUGGUUCUCUUCACUACAACAGCAAUGGGAUGAGUAGUAUACAAAUGAAGAACAGGGAAGAAGACCUUGAAAAUGAUACGCCUACAAAUGACAGUUGUGAAUAUGAAGAUCAUGAAGGAGAAGAAAAGGGGAAUAAUUAUUACACUAAAUUGUCGGAUAAUUCAGAAAAUAAUUUUAAUGAAUUCGAAAAAGCUGUGAGGAAAAAAUUUCCCAGCUUUCUAAACCCAAUAAUUGAUUUAUGCAAUGCGAUAAAUACAUGGAGAGACCACUUAAGUUUGAUUACUCAGUUGGAGAAACACACUAAUGUGUAUGACCUAGUUUCAGAUUUGAAAGCAGCGGAUAAAUUUUUAGAACAAAAAAUUCAUUACAUAGGGCUUGAUAAAACCACUGCUUACAUGAAUAUUUGUUCGUCCAACAAUACGUAG